AGCCGGCCGUAUCUAGAAUGUCACCGAUACGUUGGAUACUUUAUUCGAGUCGACUCGCGUACGCUCGCCACACGGAAGAGUGUCAAAUAAAUACAGGUUGAAAUAUAUCCGCUGUCGGGUUCUGUGAUCCUGGUAUAUACGUGCCAUUUGAAGAAUGAAUUUUUGCCUGUUUUUCGUGUUGUUCGGUUAUUUUUUCGCGUGCACCAGUGGGAUGCUGUACAGGCGGGACUCCGAUAAUGUUUUGAAGCCCGAUCUAAUGCCAGUCUCCUCAACAGUAUUGCCAUUGCCGUACUAUUCAGUGUACGGAUAUGAGAAGAAACUGCUCCGGGAUAAACAAAGGAAGCGACCCAUGGGAAAAAUAUCGCUAGUCACUAAGGAACCGAAAUAAAAACGACACCUAAUAGUUUAGCCGUUAAUUUUAUCCGUUUUUCCCGCCCAUGGGAAGAAUUAGGACUUAAUCUGUGGUAGUGAUUUCAUAAUGUGCCUUUUAUUAUAUAGUAUCGAUACAAAAAAUGCUAAAAUGCAUAUUCUUUUAAACCCGACUCUAAAUCGAAUUUUAUAAUAUACUUAAUUAAUUAUUUGGGAAAGUGGUCAAUUUGA